AUGGCCUCGAGGCCCUUCGCCACGAGGGACUUCGACGCCGGCAAAUUCAGCAGCGGCUUCUUCUUCAUCAUCGUCCCGGUGGUGAUUCUCCUCAUUGCCGGCGUGGCAUCCUCGGCGGUCCGGUACGCGCGGCGGUCACGGCGACGGCGGGCGACAACGGCCGACGACGCCUUCACCACGGACCGGCCAGACCAUCGGCCCCCGAGCACCAUCCACCCGUCCCUCAUCACGCAACUGCAGAACCUGUCGCCGGAGCCCUACGCGCUGUCGUCCUACCCGUCGCAGCGGACGCUGGACGAGAUUCACGAGGUCGUGACGCCGUUGCAGAGCGUCCAGCUCCGAGAGCCCUACGAACGGCGGCAUUACGCUGCGGAAAGAAGCCCGUCUGGCUUGUCUCUAUAA